AUGUACCUAAGGUAUUCGUCGACGUAUGCAUGGUUCGACAAUUUACAUUGUCCAGUGGUCUUUGAGCUCCUGCCACACUCAGCAGAGCCCCGUCGAGACAGGAGGCCCUGGUCCGAGACUUAUGCCCGAUACGUGAUCGAUUACACGCCCUGUACCGAGUUCUUUGACCUGUCGGAUCCGCCCAUCCCAAAAUGGGCCCCGGCUUGCCACCCGCCAAGAGACCAACAGCAACUGGUUCUCGCGCCUUUGCUCGUCGAUCACUUCCGCACCCAUCACAACCCUUUCUCGGCGUAUGGAGACUAUGUCGUCCCGCUACCCCACGAUCAGAUCAAAACCAUCUCGUAUAAUCGAACCAAGAUCCUGGCCCCAGAGCUUGAUCCACUGUGGAUGGCUAUUGAGUUUUCGCACGUUGCCAACAAGGACUUGCACGACAAGAACAACGAGUCGUUGCUAAUGCUACGACCAAGGAACAACAAAAGAUCGACUGCUGGUCACCUGCUGAAGAUGUGGGGCCUCGUACUGGCCUGGUUCCACCGUGAGAUUCUGCUCCAGGGCCUACAGAACAAUCCGCCUCGGGUGGAGUGUCCGGAGAAGAUCAUGCCGUUUGAAGAUUUUCUGGCGGGGCUGGCGGCUUGGGGUGGGUUAGAAAGUGUCAUAAUCGAGGACGAAGUGAAGGGGAUUCGUCGACUUAUUAACAUUGGGGUUUUGAAUGUUCGCGCCGUUGCAAGACGAAAGUAG